GUCAUAUUCAACUGACUUGCCCUCGACCGGGUCGCGAUACCUUUGGAACAUCUUGUACCGAAAUACUUUCUAAAGUCGAGUGGCUAGUCUGCACCGCAUGAGCGCUCAGGUUCCGGCUGCCCUCAAGGCAGCAGACAUCACGCGUUUCGCCCAUCGAGCAGCGCAGCUGGAGAAGCCCAAGCCCAUCCUAGCUUAUUGGUGUAUGAGCAAUCGAUCCCUUGGGAGCAAGAAGGCAUGUUGACGACGUCUCAGGUGAAUAUUGGAUUGUCAACCAGAUUCUGUCCAAAGGCCUACACAAUGCAGACCAAGAGUGUCUUGUCUACACCACAACCCUCAUGGACAAGCUUGAACAGUUCAAAUCCGAACAUGCCGACGAACCCGCAGUCACCGACGAUGUAGCCGGCAAAGCAUAUGUUGAACAAUUCGGCUUAGAGACAUUUGAAAGAGCAGACAACGCAGUACGAGCGAACAAGGCUUCAAGGCAGACCGCGGACACAUUUCAGGCCUCGGCUACAUUCCUCGACCUCCUCCAAAUAUGGGGUCCAAUAGAUCCCGAGAUCAGUGCCAAAAUCAAAUUCGCUAAAUACCAUGCUCUGAGGAUAGCCAAAGCGCUGAAAGCUGGCGAAGAUCCCAAUCUGUCCAACCCGAAACCAGAGACUCCUGCGGAAGAAGCACUCCCUCCUUUGGACCCAAACGACGCAGAUGUACAAGCAUUGGAAGGCGGGCCUAGAAAACCCAGGCAGCCAUCAGUCGUGGAUAUCCCAGACGAAGCCGAUAAGAUACAAAAGAGCCUUGCACAAAACUCGGCCCUAGACGAGUCGCUACACCCGUCAAGAGACACGUCAAUGCCACCGCCGGCCAAAAGGGAACGACAGCCAUCUGUCGUUGAGGUCCCCGACGAGGCAGAUGGCGCCCAAAGCAAACUAGCCCACCAAUCCAUCACCAACGAAUCUCUCCAUCCGUCUCGCGCACCAUCCCUACCCCAUUCUCCUACAAACGACGUCUCUCCUAUAGCAGCACAUGACGCGGCGGCAUUCUACACCAACCAAACCGAACCCGUCGAUAUCUCACCCCUCGAACCACCUUCAGACGGAAAAUCCUCAGUGGGAGGGAAUUACUUCCCGCGCAUCCCUUCACCACCAGCAUCAGCACCAGACCUGCCUCCCGCGCCCAUGACCAUGGACAUGGACACGCACAUGCACCCUCCAGACCUCCCCGCCCCUCCGCCAGAUUCCUCCCUUGCCUCAGGACGUGGCGAGCUGGCCGCUCUGAACCAACAACAUAGGCAUUCCCCACCUCCUCCACCACACCGACACGGGCAAUUUCUCCCGCAAGCUGGGCCCGGACAACCGCCCCAGAUCCCACCCAAUUUCCAGCCUCAAGUCCCGCAACCACAGAUCCCUCAGAAUCCUCCCCAACUCCGCCAGGUCCCCCGAGGUCCCGUGCCUCCUGUGCCGCAGGCGCAACCACAGCCUAUUCAUCCUUACCCUGUACAGUCGACUUUGGCUGCAGCUGCGACUCCAGUGAACGUGAAUGCGGGUGGAGUGGAUGAUCAAGCCAUGAUGAAAGCGCAGAAGCAUGCGCGGUGGGCCAUCUCCGCGCUGAAUUUUGAGGACGUUCCCACAGCGAUCAGGGAAUUACGAGAGGCGCUGGCAGAGUUGGGCCAGAGAUGAGGUUGGCGUGUCUGGGGAUCCAAUUCUCUUUCCCUUUUGGAAGUGCUCGACUUGGUCAUGGCCCUGAAUGGGUUGGUUUCUGAAAUUCACACGUCCUUCCUGUCCAGGAAUUUUCAAGUUUAGCUUCAGCAAGCGUUGUUAAAGGGGAAGCGAAUGGUUAUCUUGCAUUCAUGCGACCCGCAGAUAGCGAAGCGCUUGUCGACUCAUGCUCAGCAAGCCCUUGCUCGACUCCAGUGGUUCCAGACUGCCACGCAUGUUUAUCGGACCGCUCCAGUUGUCGACUUGUAUGGCAGGCCAGGUAUACGUCGCUGCUCGGGUAGGACGAGCUCUGCCAACUUCGAGCCUGAGAUUGCGGUCCUAUUCGCUGACUCGGAAAUAUAAAGCUCAUCCACUCACGAACAGGACGAAGAGGAGGCAUCGCCGAGCCAAUCCAAUCCAAUCCAUUCCAAUCAAUGCCUGGAACGAAACACCGCCACGCCAUGCUGCGUGAUGGUGCAAGGACAAAGCACACUCUCGAGCGGGAGUGAAUGCUUUACAUUGUCAAGUCGGCGAAGCCCAGAACCUCGCCUCAUGUAUGGUUCUGAGCUGAAAAGCAGCUUGCUCUCCGCGCUUCGGUUCGGCACCUGUGAAUGAAAAUGGAUUGUACUCUUGGUACCGGUGGUACCGUAUGUAGUCAUGAGUUCUUAAAUAAUGUCUGUACUCGUACAUGCGGUUAUCUGAACUUAGUCAACAGCAACAACGGACAUCGCGUUGAAGAUGAGAGACGUCAAAAUCAUUCGCACUUGAUAUUAUAUCAUAUUCUGGCUGAUUCACC